UCCGGUGAUAUGUAAACAAUAUGAGUUAAGAAGUUUCUAUUAUUUUAAAGCAGAUAAAUGUAUUGUUAAAAUCGUUGUGUUCUUCACUUUUCUUUAUAAUUAAACAUAAAUUUAAAGUAAUGUUUGGAAAAUUAAGACUUUCCUUCAGCUUUCUGCUUUUAAUUUUAUUAUUAAGUUCUUACAAUGCCUGGGCACAGACAGAUGAAGAUUUGUCUGAUUUCUUUCAAAGUGGGCAUACAAACAACUGGGCUGUUCUCGUGUGCACGUCCAGAUUCUGGUUCAACUACCGUCACGUAGCCAAUGUUCUAUCUAUCUAUAGAAGUGUCAAGAGAUUGGGCAUUCCUGACAGUCGAAUCAUUCUGAUGUUAGCAGAUGACAUGGCCUGUAACGCACGUAACCCGAGAGCUGCAACCGUGUACAAUAGUGCUCGUCAUCAUAUAAAUGUUUAUGGAGAUGAUGUAGAGGUUGAUUAUCGUGGUUAUGAGGUGACUGUCGAAAACUUCAUUCGGCUUCUGACAGGUAGACUGCCACCGGGCACUCCAAGAUCGAAGCGUUUGCUGUCAGAUGAGCACAGCAAUAUACUAAUUUAUAUGACAGGUCACGGUGGUGAAGGAUUUCUAAAAUUUCAAGAUGCAGAAGAAAUCACGAAUGUCGAGCUAGCUGAUGCUUUUGAGCAGAUGUGGCAGAAAAGGAGGUACAGGAACAUUUUCUUCAUGAUUGACACAUGCCAAGCUGAAUCCAUGUUUCUUAAAAUAUACUCUCCUAAUGUUUUAGCGGUUGCCAGCAGUAAGAUAGGCGAGGAUUCGCUUUCUCAUCAUGGGGACAACACAAUUGGAGUGUACGUGAUCGACAGGUAUACUUAUUAUGCUUUGGACUUUUUGGAGAAAGUAAACAAAGGCAGCACAAAGACCAUGGGUCAAUUCCUUCAAGUGUGUCCUAAAAGAGCGUGCAUUUCAACAGUGACUUCCAGAAAAGAUUUAUUUCCCGCAAACCCUGACAACGUGCUUCUGACAGAUUUUUUUGGCAGCAUUCGAAAUGUAGAACUGACCUACGACACAAUAGACCUGGAAGAAAUAUCCCCUGCUCAAAACAUCACCCAACCUUCUAAGAAGCUCUCAUCUGAAAAGUGGACACAUGUUGACCAAUUUCCCAGCUCAUGAUAUCUUUAAGUAUAAAAAUUAGCUUUUACAAAUUUCAAAGACUCAAAUAUCAGUGCAUGCGGUCAUAACUCUUUCAAUGUGUUAAAG